GGUAGAGCAAGCAGUUCGUGUAAUCGAAGUUUCUAAGACUAAUAGGUACCAUGGGUUUUUACUCGCACUUUUUAAACCGAAGUAGGUACAUUCAGAUCCGCCUUUUAAACCUACAUCCUACAAAGUUAUUUGUUGUUUAGUUUUUGUUCACGACGCACUUAUUAUGUCAUCAUACGGAUAAAUAAAUAUUUAGAUUUUAACAUAUAUAUAAACAAGUUCAACCAGUUAUCUUACGAAGAAAGUCUACAGUAAUACUCAAAAUCUGUAGUAAAAACACAAAAUUUUGUUAUUUUGUCGAAUCUGCAGUGUGGAAGGACGAAAAGUUGGUGCAAAAUGUAUACGAGAGCAUUGCUAGUGUUAUUUGUUACUGUGUUUUUGUUUAUGGAGAAUGUCACAGGCAUCUAUAUACCGAAUCUAAAUGAAACAUGUUUGCGAUGCCUAUGCCACGUAGCGGGCUGCGAUUUGGCCCACAGCUGUACCGGCGGUUACUGCGGCCCAUUUUACAUCUCCAGGAUAUACUGGGUGGAUGCUGGAAAGCCCACGUUGGUUGACGAUACUCCCGAGAGGAAAGAGGCAUAUGAAGACUGCGCGAGGGAUUACGACUGCUCGCAACACAUCGUGGUGGGUUACAUGGCUAAAUUCGGAAAGGACUGCAACGGUGAUGGUGUGACAGACUGCUUCGACUACAUGAUGAUCAAUCACAACGGCGGCUGGAGCUGUUCCGCACCCCUCAACUCCACCAUCGAAGGACAACGAAGACUGGAGCUGUUCGAGCAAUGUCGCUUACAAUAAUAUUAUUUUAAAUCAAUUGUUCAACAUCAUCAUCAUCAUCGUCAGACCCAUUAACCACUACGGGGCACCGGUCUCCUCACACAAUGAGAAGGUUAAGGCCUUAGUCCACCACGCUAGCCAAGCAUCCUCAGGAGAUAUUGAUUU